CCGCACUCUGCGGCAGCUCGUGACAUCACGAGGGGCGGGGACUAGCGGCUUGCAGAGGGAGGGACCAAGGCCGAGAGACCCCUAAUUACGCCAGUCACACUCGGAGAAGCGCUAACGGGACAGCGGUUCAGGCCAAUCGCAGUCAGGGCUGCGGAAGCAGCGAGACUAGGGUGGAGACUUCGGAGACUGCAGUUGCAGGUUGUCUUCUCCAGAAAUGGCCUUCCCCCCAGUCAGUUCACCUUGAUUCUGGACCGGUCAGCAGGCAGCAUCCUUGGUCAGGUGGGGCUUGCUGACAGGGUCUCUGUUUGGGCAAGGCUGCUGCCUGAGCUCUGAGGUCAGGCUGGGUGCCUCUGGCUGGUGGGUUCCUGCCUACACGAAGCUGUGGGAUGCACUCUGCAGGAAUUCUCUGGCUAAACUUCCUACUCAGUUAAGAACAAAAGGAAUUGGCUAUGGAUAAUUCAUAUCAUUUCAAUCAACGAAACUCACUUAACGGACUUCCACCUGACAAGAAAAACAACUUCCUUGUAUCUGAAGAUCAUGGACAGAAAAUCUUAAGUGUACUGCAGAAUUUUAGAGAACAAAAUGUCUUUUAUGAUUUUGAAAUAAUCAUGAAAGAUGAAAUAAUCCCAUGUCAUCGCUGUGUCUUAGCAGCGUGCAGUGACUUUUUCAGGGCUAUGUUUGAAGUAAACAUGAGAGAGAGAGAUGGUGGGAGUGUCACCAUCACGAAUCUGUCCUCCAAAGCUGUGAAGGCAUUCCUUGACUAUGCCUAUACCGGGAAAACGCAGAUAACAGAUGAGAAUGUGGAAAUGUUCUUCCAGUUGUCCUCAUUUCUUCAAGUCUCCUUCCUGGCCAAAGCUUGCAGUGACUUUUUAAUAAAAAGCAUUAACCUUGUCAACUGUCUACAGUUACUAUCUAUAUCAGACAGCUAUGGCUCCCCUCGGUUGUUCGAUCACGCCCUCUACUUUGUACAGAACCACUUUUCCUUGCUAUUUAAAUCCAGUGAUUUCUUAGAGAUGAAUUUUGGAGUCCUGCAAAAAUGUCUAGAAUCAGAUGACUUAAAUGUCCCCGAGGAAGAAACUGUCCUGAAAGUUGUCCUUAGUUGGACCAAACAUAACCUAGAAUCAAGGCAAAAGCAUCUGCCUUAUUUGAUUAAAAAAGUCCGAUUACAUCAGUUAUCUGAGGAGACGCUUCGAGACUGUCUGCUCAACGAGGAAUGUUUACUCAAGAGCACGAACUGUUUUGACGUGGUCAUGGAUGCCGUGAAGUGCGUGCAAGGUUCUGGCGGACUCUUCCCUGAUGCUCGGCCAUCCACCACCGAGAAAUACAUCUUUGUCCACAAAACCGAGGAGAACGGAGGCGACCAAUACACAUUUUGCUACAACAUCAACAGUGACUCGUGGAAAGUACUGCCACAGUCGCACCUGAUCGAUCUGCCAGGGUCUAGUCUGUCUAGUUAUGGAGAGAAGAUAUUCCUGACCGGGGGCUGCAAGGGGCCGUGCUGCAGAACCGUGCGGCUUCACAUUGCAGAGUCCUACCACGACGCGACUGACCAAACCUGGUGCUACUGUCCGGUUAAAAACGAUUUCUUCCUGGUAUCAACUAUGAAGACCCCAAGAACCAUGCAUACGUCUGUUCUGGCUCUCAACAGGUUAUUUGUCAUAGGUGGAAAGACCAGAGGGUCUCAGGACAUUAAAAGUCUCUUAGACGUUGAGUCUUACAACCCUCUUUCCAAAGAAUGGAUGUCUGUUAGCCCCUUACCCAGGGGCAUAUACUACCCCGAAGCCAGCGCAUGCCAGAAUGUCAUCUAUGUCCUUGGGUCGGAGGUAGAGAUUACAGAUGCCUUUAACCCGUCGCUCGACUGCUUUUUUAAAUACAACGCAACCACUGACCAGUGGUCUGAACUAGUAGCAGAGUUCGGGCAGUUUUUUCAUGCAACGCUGAUCAAAGCUGUCCCAGUAAACUGCACACUGUACAUAUGUGACCUUUCCACCUACAAGGUGUAUAGUUUUUGUCCAGAUACUUGCGUCUGGAAGGGGGAAGGCUCUUUUGAGUGUGCGGGCUUCAACGCAGGUGCGGUUGGGAUUGAAGAUAAAAUUUACAUCUUGGGCGGCGAUUACGCCCCGGACGAAAUCACAGAUGAAGUCCAAGUCUACCACAGCAGCAGGUCAGAGUGGGAGGAAGUCGCUCCGAUGCCAAGAGCCUUAACGGAAUUCUACUGUCAGGUGAUUCAGUUCAAUAAAUACAGAGACCCAUGGUUUUCUAACCAUUUCUGAAAGGAGCAUGUGCUUAGACAUUCUAAAACUAUUCCAGUUCUAGAAACCUACCAUAAAUCUACUAACCGUAAUAGUUGGUAACAAGGCCUUUACCUCUUAGUAAAAUAAAAUGUACCGUCUGUUAGAGAAUCACUAUGAAUGUAAGCAUAUAUGACUUAGCAGUUGCCAGAAACUUCAAAGACAAAAUACAUUCACCAAACAUUAUACUGAAUAUAACUGAAUCUUGGAGAAUCCAGAACACUUAGUAUUCUCAUCUGUAAAUAAAACUCGUAGGCGUUGCUGUCUUGAUUUUUAGAGUACUUUAUCCAUAAAAGACUAGUAAGAACAAAUAAGUGUUCACAGAUUUGUACUAUCUAGGUGGGGAAAAUCUCUUAAGGUAGUGAAAAUGGAUUAUUUGCACAUUAUAUUAGAUGAAGUGAAAUUUUAAUUAGAAAGAGGUAAGAAGCCUGCCCCGUUACUACAGGAGUAAGAGUUGCUGAAUUCUUACCCUUUCUGAUCCUGGCUUAGCUUCUUUUCAGCUCUUCCUUUUUUCUUUUCCCUCCUCUUUUUUUGGGGGUUAGGUAAACUUUUCUAAAAUGCUGUGUAUUUCCCUAGGCUUCUAAGCUGUACACUCAACAUGGCUCAACUUUUUUUAUGAUUCAACUCUUCAUUAAAGCAUAAUGUCCCAUGCUACAAUGCCAUAAUGCCAAUGGCAGUUACUGAAAUGCUUUUAAAAUUGCUUCUUUUAUUAGAUCCCAGUGUUUGUUGGUUUUAGUUUCUAGCAGUAUCAUAUCUUUCUCAUUUUCUGGCUCAGGCUCAGUAAAUUAACAUUCUUGAUUUAAUUAUUAGUUCUAAGUUAAAACCAAUCUGAGUCUAUCAUAACCUUCUGAGUGAAGUUCUUGGAUUCCAAGAUGGUGGUCCUCAAAUACUUAUUCUCUGUCCUUGCCAGGUUCCAACAUAAUUGAGGAUGGAGGAAAUCUGGCCUCUAGAUCAGUGUGUCCUUAUGUUGAUUUUCAUAAUUUUUUAAAUGUUCAAAUUUGAGUUGCAGUAAGAAAUUUCAACAUUAAAAAAAAAGGAAAAGAAAUUUCAACAUUUAAAUUAGUACCAUAUCAGUUUCCUUUGAUGAUAUAUAUCAACCAUAAAGCAUCGUGUUGGUUUACAACUUAUGUAACUUGGUCACAGUGAUUUAUUUUCUAAAUUUUUUUAAAUGACUAGGUUUUUGGUGUUGCUCAAAUUCACAACUUGCUGUAACUGUUUAGAUGUUUCAUCAUCUUUCACCCAAACAAAGAAAGAGUAUCAAUCAUCCUUGUUCUCAGGUAGGAUGAUUCUGGGUUGUAAGAGAGUAUGUUUCUUUCAUUAGUUUAAAAGAUAUAACUAUUUUAGGUUGUAAAAGUAGAAAUAAACCUAAAUAAAGGUCCUUCCACUAUACCAUAUAAGUUUAUGCAAUCAUAAGCUUCAAAUAUAUAUAUAUUUUUUCAAAAUAGAACAGAAUAUUAGACUACAUGAUCAUGCAUUUCCAAAAUUAGACUGUCCCUAAUCAGAUGGCUGUUGCAUAAAAAGUAUUCUGUAGAAUUGUGGGCUGUCCCUCUUAAGUGGGCUCUGCCCUUUCCCAUAUGUAUGUGUUUAUGUGUGUGUGUCUGUGUGUCUGUGUGUGCAAGAAAAAAGGAAGUUCAGUGAAUGCUUUUUUGUGUAUACUUGUGGCUAUGAAAAAAUUAUUUAGGAAAGACCAUAACACAGUGGGUCACCUACCUGGAUUUACUGAACUGUUAACUUAAACAUAUAUAAAUAAUUAAAGUAUGUUUAAAAUAAAUAUUAAUUACUGACUCUAGGAAUUGUUCAUCUCUUCCAGAAAGGAAAAACUAAGGCGAAACAAUCCCUUCCUGAUCUUGAUUCAUUAUCAGAUUAUCUUGAUGUCUGCCAAUCUUCUCAUUAGCUGUUGGUUCAUGGUAAUGUUUCUAGAAACAAGGCCUAGGAAGCUCCCCCUGCAUUUGAUUUAAUACACUUUCUAACACACGAGGCUUUUUUUCUACAGUUGCUGCACUUGACUUGUUGAUCAUGUUUUUCUCAUUGCCACCCCUUUACAUCCACAACUGGGUGCUCUUUGUCAGUUACAACAGCAAGAAAAGUACUCCAUCUAGUCAUCAACACCUGAAUUCUUCCUUUAUUUACUGUGGGUUUUUUUGUUUUGUUUUUGUUUUUUUACUUUGAUCCUUGGCAUCAGAGCACAGACUGCUGGGCUGGGCUUGGCUCCAUUAAUGACUGAUCUUGUUCUAAUUUUACAUCUUCUUGUAAAGGUGGCACUUUCAUUAUCUGUCUGCCAUACUGACAAAAUGGUUGUCUGUGUCCCGCACCGUCGAGGAACCCAGCCACAUGCACACGUUGUAAGUGACUGAACUGGGUAUAGCCUUCUCAUCUUGCCGAUCCCUGGCUUUACAGUCUGAGAACCAUGCCUGUCGUUCUGGCCUGACUCCAUUCUGGAUCUCCGACAGGCAAGUAUCUGAUCUUUCAAGGUUAUUCUCAGAACCCCCAGAAAGAGCUGCUGUAUUCCUGUCUGUAAAGUUAGGUCAGAGGAAACAACACAUCCCUUUAUCUAUGGCCUCUUCCCCAAGUCUUUUUUUUUUUUUUCUCUAAAGUCUGCUUUCCCUUCAUGAUCCUUGUUCAGCCAAUAAUGCAAUGUAAGAGACAAAAUAAUUGUGCUCAUUACCUAGGUUGCUUUUGUUCUUGUGGAAAAAUUCUGUUAAACAUUUCUAAGUCCUUUAUGAUUUGGAUUAUGUACACACACACACAAAAAAAAAUCUAAUACAUCUUCUAAAAUUGAAAGUAGGUCUCUGGCAUUAUUAUAUAUGAAGACGAUUCAAUUGAACAUUUAUAUGAGAUCAGUUCAAAGUGAAUGGGCACUCCCAGAGUGAUCCACAAACUUGAUUUCAAAUGUGGAGCACCUUUUGUUCAUUUAUUGCUUGAAAAACUGGGCAGUAGGAAGAAUAUUUGCAUAAUCAAAAUUAACUACCUUCCCAGCACACUCAGCUCUGGUUCUGGGUGGGAAGUCUUUAUCAUAGCAGUAUUUGAUCUGCUACUCUGGAAAGCAAGUGUGCUUUGAGAGUGACCACAUCUGGUAUCAAGAGCAACUGGAUCUGAGCAUGGUACGCCUCGCUUAAGGGGCACCGUUCAGAAAAUCAGACUCAAGUAAAGAGAAACAUGUAUUGACAUUCUGAGAUAGGGAAGCAGUAAAUACAAUCUAACGAUCAAGUAUGGUGUGGACCAUGUAGUGUUACUGUUAGGUGCUCAUUCUCAGUUUAAUUGGAUCUUGUGUGUAGAAAGUCUUUGAUAUUUAGAGUUGGAAAUGGCUUCCAUGGGCAGCCCUGGAGGUUGCAACCUAAAAAGAAAGGCUAGACUUCAUAGGGAAGCAGAUUUCCAUUCAACGUAAGGAAUCACUUGACUCCCCUUUGAAAAGCCAUAUUUAGAGUAAGACACGUCCUCCCAUGGUCCACCCCGUUAAGUCCAAUACAGCAGUCAACAACCAAAGAUUUCUACAUGCUCUUUACACUUUCCCAUUUUUCUAGUUUUCUGAUGUAUGACUGAUGACUGCCUCCUCUGAUUUAUUGAGCAUUUUAGAUUCUAAGGAACUUGAUCUCAGUAGCUCAGUAGCUCUGCACAUGCAAGGUUUCAGUAGGACCAGAGUCUAACAACUACGCCAGUUUAGGACCAGUCUUAUUGGAGACGAUCUGUUCUUCAAUCUUUUUUUUUUUUUCUUUUUAAUCACUCAGGAAAAAUCUACCAAUGGUGCUGAUGUUUUUAGUGCACUGCUAAUAGGGCCUUUUCCUCCUCUCUCCUGUGGAUGCACAUCUGUUUCACAGAGAACAGACACUGAAAGACCAGCACCUAAAAUUUUCUCCUGAAUUAGUGCCUGUUUUGCUGCAAAUGUUGCUGUCUAGUUAAAUGUAGUGAUUCUAGUUAAAGAGUAUUUGAUUUAAAAGAAUAUCUUUAUAUCUUAAAAAC